CUCGACGCCUCUUCGUCGUCACCUGUGUCCGUCUUGCAGGCCGUCUCAGACUCAAACCGAAAGACCACCAGGAUGUUCUUUUGCUCCAUCUCCGGCGAGCCGCCGCAGGAUCCGGUUGUUUCCUCCAAGUCAGGGCACGUCUAUGAGCGCCGGCUCAUCACCAAGUACAUUACGGACAAUGGCACCGACCCCAUCACCGGCGAAAAACUCGAGGAGGCCGACCUCAUCACGGUCAAAGCCAACCCGAAGACGGCCGCGCCACGUCCGCCGACGCAGACGUCCAUCCCCGCGCUGCUGCACACACUCCAGAACGAGUGGGACGCGCUCGUGCUUGAAACGUUCGCCCUCAAGCAGCAGUACAAUGCGACGCGUCAGGAGCUCAGCUACGCGCUAUACGCUCAGGACGCGGCUACUCGCGUCGUCGCCCGUCUCAUCAAGGAGCGCGACGCUGCCCGAGAGGCUCUCGCCAAUGUUCAGGCCUCCCUCGGCGUUUCCGCCCCUGCCAACGGUGCCUCGGGCGACGUCGAAAUGUCGGACGACGGCGCUUCCUCCGCAGCGCUUCCCGCUGAAGUUGUCGCGCGCAUUGACGAGACCCACCAGACGCUCUCCGCCGGUCGUCGCAAGCGCAAGGCACCUGCGGGCUACACCACCCCCGAACAGGUCAAGUCCUUCGCGUCGGUGCACACCAUCCCGUCCCUGCACUCGCCCUCUCCCGCGGGCAUCACCGCGCUCGCAAUCUCUGCCGCGAACCCGGGCCAGUUCCUGACGGGCGGGAACGACAAGACGGUGCAGCUGUACGACCGCGGCUCGGACAAGGUGCUCGCGAGCCUAAAGGGCCACACGAAGAAGGUCACGCACGUCGCCUUCCGCGAGAAGGAGGGAGAGAACACGCUCCUGCUCUCCGCCGGCGCGGACAAGAUUGCGAAGGUGUGGUCGCACGACGCCGUAAGUGGCGAGUACGCCCCUCGCUCGACCAUCCGCACCCACAAGGGCGAGCUCACCGGGCUCGCCGUGCACCCGACCAAGACCCUCCUGGCCCUCGCAUCGCUGGACAACACCUACUCGUUGCACGACCUCAACACUCUCACGCAGGUGUUCGUCUGCGCGCCCGUGGACGCCGCGCUCACAUCGCUGAGCGUGCACCCGGAUGGCACGCUCCUCGCGCUCUCCACUCCCGGCGGGACGUUGCACAUCUUCGACGUGCGCACGGGCGCGAUCGCGGCUUCGCUCACGCCGCCCGAUGCGCCGCCGUUCGCGAUCCCAAGCACGUCCUUCUCCGAGAACGGAUACCACCUCCUCUCCCCCGAUUCGUCGUCUUCGGUCGCCAUCUGGGACCUCCGCAACCAGUCGCGCGUGCACUCGCUCCAGUACGGCGACGGCUCGCACAAGAUCAACAAGGUCGCGUAUGACUACAGCGCCAAGAUGUUUGGCGUUGCGGGUGGGGACGGUGUGCGCGUCUACGCGCACAAGAGCUGGGAGGAGCUCGUCCACCUCCAGGAGGGUGAGGAUGUCGCAGACUUUGCGUUCGGUGAGUUGGGACGCGAGAUCUGGGGCGCUGCUGGACGUGAGGUGCGGAUUUGGGGCGCGCCUUCGUAAAAGGGGGUCUCUGGCACUCAUUGUGUAUACCUGACCGUUUCUAUUGUUUGACCCAAGAUAUGUGCUGAUGUGAUUAUCACGUGUUGCACGAAUACCUCGAUUCAUAAUGCAUAGUCGCUCAGGAGCGCCUAAGCCCCCGAGGUCAAACAGC